AUGCGCGUAGGUGGGGACGCACUCUCGAGGAGUGUCCCAUCUGGAUUUGGGAUGGGCUGGCAGGUUCCCGAGGGUCGAUCCGAAGGUGCGGGGGGGAGGAUGGCGGUCGGUGAUCACAUGGCGACGGAGGACCAAUUUCGAGAGGCAGAACCGUUCUUGGGAGACCGCGGCGGGCCGGAGCGGCGGCAGACGCACGCGAGCUCGCGGGAGUCAAGCCGGGGCAGCGUGCCAAGCAGGAGCCCGCCACAGACGCGGCGUGAGUUGGCCAGCGUGGGACUGCAGCGGUUCGCAGACGCGUUGGUCGACGUCGUCCCCAUGCAUCGCGGGCGGGGGUGGUCCCGAACGUCUGUCGACGCGACGAGACGGAGCGAGGGCCCACAGCCCCCGGCUACGGGUCGACGCUACACAUACAGUGUCCGAGUGCGACGCGACGGCGGUGGGGGGGGUGGAACAAGUCGGAACGCGCACCGAGGGGCUGGCUGGGCGGUGGUAAUGCAGGUGUGUCAGGGCUGGACCGCCAACGCGAUCUGGCUUCAGCUGGGGAUGGGCCGUGAUUUUUGCCCUGAUGCACACUAG